AUGUCAUCGUCGCAGAACUCGGUGCUUCUCCACCGUUCUCUAGAUAAGACGUACCCCACCGCCACAGGCGGCGAGGGUGUCUAUCUUCUGACCUCGGAUGGUCGCAAAGUUCUCGACGGUAGUAGUGGUGCCGCCGUCUCUUGCCUUGGACAUGGGAAUCAAGAGGUAAUCCAGGCUAUUUGCGAUCAGGCCAAAAGACUGUCGUUUGCCCAUACAUCCUUCUUCACUUCAGACCCCGCUGAGGAGCUUGGCCGUCUCAUAUUGGAAAAGAGUGACAACCAGUUCAGCAAAGUCCUCUACCUCACCUCGGGCUCCGAAGCUGUCGAGUCUGCUCUCAAGUUGGCUCGCCAGUAUCACGUCUACCACGGAGAGCCACAGCGCGUCAACUUCAUCGGCAGAGUGCACUCGUACCACGGCAACACUCUUGGUGCCCUCGCAGCUGGCAACAACCCAGCAAGACGAGGACCAUUCUCGCCUGUGCUAGCGUCCAUAUUCCACCAUGUCAGCCGUUGCUUCUAUGAUGCCGAUGGAAAGGGCCAGAGCGAGGAGGAGUACGAGAACAAACUCAUCUUGGAAUACGAGGACAAGUUCAAGCAGCUGGGCCCUACAACGGUGGCUGCCGUGAUUGUCGAGCCGGUGGUGGGAGCAACGCUCGGAUCGGUGCCCGCAACUGCCAACUAUCUCCCGAAGCUGACACAGCUUUGCAAGAAAUACGGAAUCCUGACCAUCUUCGAUGAGGUUAUGUGCGGAAUGGGACGAUGUGGGAGCUACCACGCAUGGCAGAGCUUGGGAAACGUUGCCCCGGAUCUUCAGACCGCUGGGAAAGGCUUGGGUGCUGGCUAUCAACCGCUUUCGGCUGUCCUGCUAGGAGAGCGAGUGGCUUCUGUCUUUGAGAAGCACUCGAGAGGGCCAACUACCUUCCUGAGCGGACACACCUUUCAGGGCCACCCGAUGGCAUGUGCUGGCGCACUCACGGUGCAGACAAUUCUAUUCCGAGAUGACUUGGUCUCCCAAUGCAGAAAGCUGGGGGAAAUCCUAGGCCAAGUUGUCAGCUCUGAACUCCCGGACGAGUGGAGGCAGCAUGGGGGCAACCUGAGAGGGCUCGGACUCUUCCGGACAGUCGACUUUGGUAAUAUGAAGGAGCUCUACGGUGGUCCUCUGGCAGGUGAAGUCUCACGUCGGUCUUUCAACUUCGGUGCAGCAGUCUACCUCUGCUCGCCCGCCGUGGACGCGGUUCUGCUCUGCCCUCCAUUUGUCGCCAGCGAAGAGGAAAUACGAAGUCUGGGCCAGAUACUGGUGCAAGCUGUUGGCAACGUUUUGCAAAGUCGCAAGGCGGCCUCUUUGAACAAGUCGUGA